GGUUGAGUGUUCACGCAAUGUUCCCACACCUGAUCUUAAUAACCAAAUGCAUUUAGUAACUUAAUAGACUAUGACGAUUGCAUAAUAUGCAGACUCUUUGGAAUGCAAAACUUUUAACAUAAAUAAAAGUUCUCAUAUUAUAAAUAACCAACGCAUUAUUUCAAUCAAACUUCAAAGGAUACGUAACGUUUUUGUGACGCUAGCGUUUUGGCCAAUAACACCGAGUUAUAGGUCCUGUUUGUCACUUCUCAGCGGCGUCACGGGCGUGAUGGGCACGUGGGUGCUGUGUCUUGCUGUGGUGGUGCUGCAGUUGGCGCAGCUGGGGGAGGUGGAGGGGAUUUUCAGCUCCUUGGGGGGUUUUGCUUCCACCAGCGCCGCCACCAGCGUUGGUCUCAGUGCAGCAAAUGCAGCAGUGGCUGCAGGUGCAGCAGCUGUAGCUGCAGCUGGCAUAGCAGGACUCGGUAUAGCAGCAAUAGCCUUCAAGUCUGUCGGCUCAAAGGGGCGAGGCGGCAACCAGGGCGGAUAUGCCGUGUACCAGUACGGCUACCAUGACGGCUACGGCGGCAACCACUACAACGACCUCCACCAUUACCACCAUGGGGGUGGCUACGGGAGCGGCUACCACAGACGACGGUCCAUUCGGGCGGCCGAGGACCCUCCCCUUGUGAACCCCACCGUCGAGGAUGAGAG